AUGAUGGACUAUGAAACAAGAUACACUCCUUCGGAGAAGACCUGUUGGGGGCUAGUAUGGGCCAUGAAGAAACUAAGGCAUUACCUAUUAGCACAUCCGGUAGUUCUGGUUUCUCGAUUAGACCCAAUCAAAUAUCUUUUUGAGAAAUCAGCACUUAUUGUAAAGCUAGCUAGAUGGUUAUUACUAUUAGCAGAGUUCAACCUCAAUACCAUGACAAGGAAAUCAGUAAAAGGAAAGGCUGUGGCAGAAUUCUUGGCGGAUCAUCCUGUAACAAAGGCUGAAGCAAAAGACUUCAUGUACCCACAUGAAGACAUCUUGUGUCUUCUAGACGAUACUUGGCAACUUUACUUUGAUAGAGCAUCAAACCAAUGUGGGUAUGGCAUAGGGGGGAGACUGGAAGGUUCAAGAAACACGCUGAAAUUGUACCACUCUGUGCUGGAAGCUCUAAUUCCACAAUUCGACUCUGUUAUCUUCACGUACACUCCACGAGUGAGUAAUAGGUUCGCAGAUGCAUUGGCAACAUUGGCCUCUAUGGUUGAAAUACCCCUGGGAUUCACAAUGUGGUCGUUAAUGAUCGAGCAAAAGGUCAAGCCAACAUUUGAGUGCACUUUCACUGAAAAAGGUGAGGACGAUGGAAAACCAUGGUAUAAGGAUGUAAAGAAGUUCCUGAAAGUGAGCGAAUAUCCCCCCGAAGCCACCUCAAAGGAUAAAAUGGCCCUGCGGAAGUUUGCCUCCUGA